AAUAUGUACAUAUUAUAUAUAUUACGAUUGUGAUUCUUUUGAGUAAUAAACGACGAGUUGUCAGCAACUUUAGCUGGUUAGCAAUCAGAGUUCUAGGCUCGAGAAAGUGUUGUCAGAACGGCGCUCAACGCCGACGGCCAUCUACACGUAGGACCCUUCGCAUUGCCCUGUUGAAUGUUGUCUACUGUGUCUAUUUAUUGAGGUGGCUAAAAUGAAUGCCACGGCUUACGAGGCCAUGGCCACGGGCAUCUGUUACGGUAGAAUAUCGGACUACGUGGUGACUGGAAAAGUCGGACAGGGGAAGUAUUCACAAGUAUUCAGUGCCCGGUCUAAGGUGCGGCCGUCGACUGACAACGACUGCGUUGUGAAAAUACUUAAGCCUGCCAUACAGAAAAAAAUAUUGCGCGAGAUUUCUAUACUGAAAGAUGUGCGAAUGGGUCCAUCGACUGUGAAGCUCUUGGAUGUCCUGCGCGACCCCAUCUCGUUGUGUACAGCGCUGGUGUUUGAGCGCUCGCCGAAUGUGAAGUACAAGGUUCUGUACAUCCAAAUGGAGGAGAACGACAUCGUGGACUAUCUAAAACAGGUGUUGUCAGCGCUAGUUCAUUGCCACGCUCAGGGUAUCUUCCAUCGCGAUGUGAAGCCGUCCAAUAUUAUGUGCGGCGCCCCAUCAGGCCCAGUACGUUUGAUUGAUUGGGGGUUGGCCGACUACUACACCCCGGGUGGGCGGUACACAUCGAAGGUGGGGACGAUGCAAUACAAGCCUCCCGAACUACUAAUGGGGUACGAGUACUACGACAAGCAAAUAGACAUGUGGAGCUUUGGAUGUGUGUUCGGCUCUUUGUUAUUCAGCAAGCGGCCCUUCUUCUGCGGCGCCAAGACGAACAUACAGCAACUGGCCACGACAGUACAGCUUCUAGGCUACGCCGAUUGCGCAGCGUACCUGGAACAGCUGGUAGUGACUAUGGCCAAGAAGAACAACCGGGAGACGUUCAACUGGCGAGACGAACUGAGUGCUUACCGAGACGUCAGCGUGCCUGGUCUCGAGAGUCUUGAAAAUCCGGAGAACAGCCACAAGGUGUCGAACUCGGCUGUGAGUCUACUGCGAUGGUGUCUUCAAUACAAUCCGAAGGACCGCCCCACGCCUUCAGAGGCACUGGCACACCCCUACCUCAACCGGUGACACACUAACAUGCUAUGCUGUGAAUCUCGCCUUACGCAGAGCACUGCAGCUACUCUAUUGCCUUGCAUCGAACCAUGCCAGUCGCCGAGAGAUGCUGUAACCAUGUGGUUAUAGAAGCUGUAACCAUGUGGUUAUAAAAGCUGUAAUCAUGUGGUUAUAGAAGCUGUAACCAUGUGGUUGUGGGCUAUUCAUUCCGAAUGCCUCAACUUGGGCGCUCGUAUACACUGCGGCGUGGGGGUACCAUACUGACUGCUCUUAUCUCGUACAGACAGAUAUAUGGUUACACCUAGAAGCUCCUCGCACUAUUACGGCGACCCAUUGACAACCAAAUGAUCUGAGUAGAUCAUUGUACAGAUGCUCAUGUCGCGUCGCGGGGUUUAGCAGGAGCGCACCGCGCCAAUCCGCGCCAGUUCUGGACGGGCGACUCAACACAGAUGAGUUCGCACACCCGCGGGGUAAUCUAACACGCCCCCUUGGCGCUAUAGUCCGUGGCGAUCGUUCUGAGACUUUCGUACGCUUGCUUAUGAAUACCGGUUCCCCAGUCCUCCAUAUUGCUGACGGAGCUAGAAAUAUCCUUCUUAAUGGUAUCGACGACGGUGGCUGGUGUCGCGUCAUCGAUCUCGGUACUUUUUGCCUGUGAAUGGGUAGGAGGAAAGGUGGAUGAGGGCCGAUAUACGAUUGAAGAACUCGGAUUGCACAAUUCUGCACCCGCCGGCAAUACCGCACUGUUAUACUGUGCUAUGCUUUUAUGAGCUACUGCAAGUCGUGCUGUGUACGAGCAAGAUAUAUAGAUGAGUGCACGUGACACCUCAUUUCCUAAACAAUAAACAAAGUGAAAGAACAUAUAAACU